AUGUGCGUGUGCGUGGAGGGAAUUUACAGCAAUAAUUGCUGCCGAGCGCUUGUUGGGUUCCAGGCGGCGUGCAUAGCUCACCUCUUUUCACCUGCUCGGCAAUCCCAUGGCACAGAGGAUAAUGACUGUAAGAAUAUGGAAGAAUCACAGGAAACCCACAUAUCCAAGUACUUAGAUGAAAUUGUGGCUGCCGUCAGCAUCACGCCGAGAAGGAAGUUGGCCUACAAGCUGCCUCAGACGGUCCUCUUCCAGCCUCCCCAAGAGAAACUCCAGCUCAGUGAAGAGAAAGCAAAGUUCUAUUCCAGCCGACACGAGCAUAAGCAGGCGAUCCAGGAGCUCGUACGUUGCGUAGCCUUGACCAGGAUCUGCUAUGGUAGCUGCCAUUGGAAACUAGCAGAGGCGUACGUUAAUCUGGCUCAAGGCUACCUCCAGCUGAAAGGACUGUCCCUGCAGGCCAGACACCACGCAGAGACAGCCAGAGAAAUCCUCACCAGCUCCAUCGGGCCUCCCUAUGACGACAACACGGAUGUGUUCAGGUGUUCCAUCGAGCUGUUUCACACCCUGGGGAGCGCCCUCCUGGCCCUUCAGAAAUUUAAGGAGGCAGCAGAGAACUUGGCGAAAGCAGAGAGGCUCUCGAAGGAGCUGCUGCGAUGUGGGAGGAUCGUGAAGGAGGAGUGGAUAGAAAUCCAAGCUCGGAUCAAACUGUCAUUCGCGCGGAUGUACCAGGGCCAGAGGAGAUGGGAGGAGGCCCUUCCCCACUACCAAGAGGCUCUGGAGCACACGGAGAGCAGCCGAGGGGAGGAGAGUCCGGAGUGCGUGCCGGUGCUGAGGGAGCUGGCGGGCGCCGAGCGGGCCCUGGGGCUGCACGGCGCGGCCAUCAACCACUUCCUGCAGGCGCAUCUCAUCGUCCUGGGCGCAGAGCCGUCCGGAGAGGAGGCCGGGGAGUCCGCCCACUGCGUGGCCCGCGCCGCCGUGGCUUCCGGGCAGCCCGAGCACCACGAUGUGGCCGAGCGGUACUUCCAGGAGAGCCUGGCCCACCUGAGGGACGCGGAAGGGACGGGGAGAGCCAAGUUCCUCUCGGUUCAGGAUGAAUACUGCCAUUUUCUGCAAGGCGCCGGGCAGGAGGAGAAAGCGACCUCGAUCCUGAGGGGGUCCCUGGAGGCCAAAGUGGGGGUGUUUGGCGACCUCAGUCCCGAGGUGGCAGAGACCUACCGGCUCCUGAGUGGCGCCGACCUGGCCCAGGGGAACCACAGCGGGGCCUACAAGAAGCUGAACAAAUGUCUCCAGAUUCAGACCCUCUUGUACGGACCGCAGGACCGGCGGACGCUGGCCACCCAGCAGGCCCUGGACGUGCUGUCCAAGGCCCCCGAGAUGGCCACCGUGAAGCUGAGGUCGGCCUCAAGAGCCAGAGCCAGGCCCGCCUUCUGCACCGGCAAGGCCCAGCACGCAGCGCCCUGGAGGGCCAGGCCCCACGUGGCGGACUGA